CAGGUGUCCUUGCCAUUUAAUUUCAAUGGCUGUGUAUCAGAAAUGACGAAUUUCUUAGUCAACAAGGCCUACUCUAUUCUUGCGUAACUUGGGAUCGAACCAGCAUCUUUUAUAACAGAUGAAUAGGUGAGGAUAGGUUUAUGUGUAGGAAUUCUUUUGUUUAGCCUGGACUUGGAAACUUUUCUCAUAUAAAUGCAAGGUAACAGACAUGCAGUAUGAAUGGAGGUGAGGCUGCCUCGUUGGCUUGGCAGUUUGAAAACUUCACCAAGGCAGGCACGUGUAAAUCCGUAUUAUCUACAUUCCAUGACCUCUGUGAUGCAGCAGGACUGAAACAUGACACGCACGCCAACUUUUAUCGUAGACUGAAAUCUAAGAUAAACUUCUGGAAGGCUCAGAAUAUCUGGGUUAAACUUGACAAGCAUGCUUCCAGGAAGGAAUAUCGUAGGGGAGAAGCCUGUGCUAAUACAAAUGUGUUGGUAAUAGGUGCUGGACCAUGUGGACUGAGGACUGCUAUAGAAUUAGUAUUACUUGGAGCUAGGGUUGUAGUGGUAGAAAAAAGAGACAGUUUCUCACGAAACAAUGUACUCCAUCUCUGGCCAUUCCUUAUCACUGAUCUCAAAAAUCUUGGGGCCAAAAAGUUUUUUGGAAAAUUUUGUGCUGGUGCCAUAGACCACAUCAGCAUCAGACAGUUACAAUGUAUACUCAUGAAGGUUGCCCUCCUCCUGGGAGUAGAGAUCCAUGUCAAUACCUCAUUUGAUGGCUUGAUAGAGCCACCUACAGAGCAAUCUCACAAAACAGGAUGGAGGGCUAAAAUUACACCAGAAGAUAGUCCUGUCGCUGAGUUUGAAUUUGAUGUGUUAAUUGGAGCUGAUGGCAAAAGAAAUACACUGCAGGGAUUCAAGAGGAAAGAAUUUCGAGGAAAACUUGCCAUAGCCAUCACAGCCAAUUUCAUUAACCGUAAUUCACAACAAGAGGCCCGUGUGGAGGAAAUCAGUGGUGUAGCAUUUAUAUUUAACCAAAAAUUCUUCAAAGAUCUAAAUGAAAAGACUGGAAUUGAUCUGGAAAAUAUUGUUUAUUAUAAAGAUGACACUCAUUAUUUUGUUAUGACAGCUAAAAAAUCUAGUCUUCUGGAUAAAGGAGUUCUUUUGCAGGAUCACCCAGACACAGCCACACUGUUAUCACAGCAGAACGUAUGUAAAGACAAAUUACUGAACUAUGCCAAAGAGGCUGCUGAUUUCUCCACCAAUCAACUUCUUCCUCAUUUAGACUAUGCCAUUAACCAUUAUGGGCAACCAGAUGUCGCCAUGUUUGACUUCACAUCCAUGUUUGCUGCAGUUAAUGCUUGCAGGGCUGUUAAAAGAAAUGGUCAUACAUUACUCAGUUGUCUUGUGGGAGAUAGCUUGUUAGAGCCUUUCUGGCCUACAGGUUCAGGUUGCGCCCGAGGUUUUCUGGGAGGAUUUGAUGCAGCAUGGAUGGUAAAGAACUGGGCUUCUGGGAAGAUGACACCAUUACAAGUCAUUGCAGAGAGAGAAAGUAUUUACCAAGUGUUAUCUCAGACUACUCCGGAAAAUCUUAACAAAAAUUACACUGAGUAUGGCUUAGAUCCCAAUACAAGAUAUUCCAAUAUGAACAUGAGGACAGUGUUACCACAACAAGUAAGGCAUUUAUAUGACACAGGAGAUGGUACAUACAGUGAUGAAAUUAUAGAGGUACCUGCUAAACGACCAAGGAAUGAUGAGUAUAUUGACAGUUAUUCCCUAUUACGCUGGUGUCAGAGAGUAUUGAACAAUGGGUCGUAUCGAAAUGUACACGUAAUAGAUCUGACAGCAUCCUGGAGGAGUGGACUGGCUCUUUGUGCUCUUAUACAUUACUUUAAACCUGAUCUCAUAGAUUUCCAAUCAUUAUUAUCUAACGAACCAGUCCAGAAUAACCAGUUAGCAUUCACCGUGGCAGAAUCUUCACUAGGUAUAAAGCCUAUGAUGACACCGCAGGAGAUGAUGAACUGUUCCCUUCCUGACAAACUCACCAUGGUCUCGUUUCUGUCUCAGUUCUAUCAUAAAUUCAAGAAGGAAAGACUUGCAAAUGCUGAAUCUUCCAGUACUGUGUUGUUGAGAGAUGAGCCACAGAAAUCCCACAAAUCUCCUUUAAGUAGACUGUCAAUACUUCAAAAACUUAGAAAUAGUGCCAAAUUCAGAUCUAAAAAGAGAAAAGAUAAAGAUGAAGAUAAAGUCAUUGAAUCUUCUCUGUCCAAACGAAAACAUAAAUCUCCAGAGCAUUUUGAGAAGACAGAAGUAGAGUUAACGAAAUAUAACAAACUGCCAAUGGAGGAGAUUGCUAAUAAACUUGACAUGAAUCAGAAGUUCAAGGACAUCAGUAAUCAAAAUAAGAUUGACAUUGAAGGCAAUGUCAAGGUCAGUGCCAUGGCAGAGAUUCUGGCCUCCAAGUUCCAGAGUCAAUCAGAACAAGCUGUAAACCAAACACCUGUCAAGAAACUGAAGACACCAGGUGUUUUAUUGGCAGCACAACCAGUGAGUGAAACCUGUUACUUCUGUAAGAAACGUGUCUACCUAAUGGAGAGGAUGAGUGCAGAGGGUCUGUUUUUCCACCGAGGAUGUCUCAAAUGUGAUUACUGUGACGUUGGAUUACGCCUGAAUAAUUAUAGUGCUGAUAAACUGCCCACUGGGGAUGUGAAGUUCUUCUGCUUCCGGCAUUCCAGAUUAGAAAUGAGAUUUUCGAAAUUUAAAAGAAAAAGAGGUUACAAUGAAGAAGAGGAACAGAUUAAGGAAAAUAUUCCAAAGGUUGUCAUUGAUGCUGGUCCAUCACCAAAACCUGAGAGGAGAACAUCUCCCAAGAAAAUUCCAUCCCCACUAACCCCUCCGUUAAGCCCACCUGAUGAUGAGCCUAAACCAAAGAAGACCCCAGAGCGUAUAGAGUUUGAGAACAGUAUAGAUGGUCUACAAGAGGAGUCUGAGGAGGAGCUUACAGAACAUAAUCUGAGGGCGUCCAUGUCAUCUGAUGCCUUACUACUGGACAUGGACGAUGACCUCAGUGAUUCAGAUUUAGAUGAUUUAAUAGAUUAUGAGAUGGCUCACACACUGAGUCAAUGGCCAAGUGAUGAUGAAGAACUAAAUGAGGUCCUCAAUGAGACCGUGGGACACAGCAAAGAUCUGACUUUAGAGGAAGCAUUACAGGUCGUGGAAACAUUGAAAAGAAAGUCACAUGAAAAUCUACUGGACGCUCUGAAACUUGAAAGUCAGAUACAAUAUGAAAAGAUGAACAAACCACCAGAGGAGGAAGAAGAGUCAGAGGCUGACUCUGAUACAGAGGAACAUGAUGAUUCUACAAGUGAAACUGAGAAAGAAACGGACCCCAGUAAGGAUAGUGAACCUAGUCAACAGAAUGGUAAAUUACCUCUUGAUAUAAAUCAGGCUAACAGUCCAUCAGCAAUGAAAUCAGCCAGAGCUAACUUCUUUAACACCGCGCCUGAACCAGUCAGAUUAGACCCAUGGAAAAUGUUUGACAUGGGUAAUAAAACAGAAGAAAAGAAAGAGGAAAAGAAAUCUGAAUCAGAAGAAGAGGAAGAGGAAGAAUUUGUAGAAGAAGAAAUAAUAGAAAUUGAAGAAUGGGAACAAAUAGCUGAUGAAGCAGAGAAAAUAAUCAAAAACGUUAAUGGUGAACUCAGUGAUGAAGAUCAAGAAGAAAAUGUGCACGAAGAUCAGGAAGAAAAUGAGGAAGAAAAUAAGCAAGAUACUGGUGACGAGUUUGAAGAAGUGUUUGAAAGUGAUGAUGAAAAUAUGUCUGAAGGUGAAAAUGAUAGAACUGCACUGAAAAAUGAAAUGGAGAAAUUAUUGGCUGAUUUUGAUCAUAAAUCAUCUGUCAGCAGUGGUGAUCAUAUUUUAAAAACGGAUAGUUCUUCAGUUUGUGAUGAAGAAUUGGUGAUGUCAGACGAUAAUAGAUAUGUGAUGUCAGAGGAUAAUCAUGCCGAUAUUGAAUGUGAAGAGGAGGAUCGUGUCUCUAUAAAUAAUUCAAAAAGGACAAGCAGCAAUAGUAGUUCUAAAAAUACAACUCAGGCUGUCUUAGAAAGUGUUAGAAAUAUGGAAAGUUCUGAGGAAAAUAAAGACUUCACAGGUAUUGAUGAUAGAUUUGUGACAUGUUCUAGAGGCAGGGGUAGAAAUCAAACCCCUGGUAAGAAAAGGUAUAGGAAUUCAUUUGGAUCUGAUUCAAGCUUUACAAUCUCAACUCCGAGUAAUUCUGCUCAUUCCUCAUUAACUUCUCUUUCGGAAGACAAUAAGAAAUAUGCUGGAGACGACGAGCGGGAGGAUGAUACCCCUGAUAAUGAUUUGGACGAUGAUAUUUUCCGUCAGUAUCAAGUGACGAUAAGUCAGAAACUUGAUGAUGAUGACGAAGAAUACUCAGAGGAAGUGACUCCUUGUGUUAUUGAUAAUUUGGACGAUACGUUAAAUGCCGAGAAGGAAAUUGAAAUGGAUAAUGAACAGAAAGAAGUCGAUAAAAGUAUUUAUGAAACCCCGAAUGCAAGUGUUACUAGUGAUACAUUUGUGUCUGCAGGGAAUUCAAUUAAUAUGAAUAAUAAUUAUGAAAAGUCUUUGAUUUUGGAAUCUAACGAAUUGGAAAGUUGUGAAAAAUGUAUCAGUGAUGGUAGUGUACUCAGUUCUGAUAAAAAUAGUGAAACUAAUGAUGUGACUUCUCAUAAAAGAGUUAUCUCCCCUCAGAUCAGUAGUGAUGGUAGUGAAAUAAGCAAUGAACAAAAUGUUGUUAGUAAUCAGAAAAAAGUAAUAGCACCAUUGAUUAAUAGUGAUGGGUCUGUGUGGAGACCUUUGCCGAAAUUACCAGAUCAUUUAAAUAAACAACAGCAAAAGGAACAAAUUUACGAUAAUGCGAGUCCCCGUAAAAGUUCCACUUCUCCAAAAAUUUCAAAGAGUAAGAAACUGCUACAAAGACAAAAGAAACUUCCAUUAGAUUCAGAACAAUCAAAUAAUGUAAAAAGUUCUGAAAGAAAAUUAAUUACAAUUGAUAAAAGUUUAGAGCUAAUUAAAAGUCCUUCUAAAGUUAUUGAGCAGAGGAAGUCAGUUGAUGAUUUUAACAAUGAUGUGCAGUAUUCUGUUAAUGAAAGUAUAGAGAAAAAUUUGUCUGUUACUGAAGGGAGAAAGCUGCCUGAUAUUAGCAAUAUGAAGAGUAGAAUUACUCCUCCUGGAUUCCAAAGUGAGUUUAUGAGGAAACGUCUUGGAUCUCCAACUUCAUCAGGAUCAAAGACGCCAUCUAGUCCCGAAUUGACACAAUCUGUUUCAACCAGUACAAAUACCCCUAGUGUUCUUUCAGAUACCCCUGAUAUUAUAAAAGAUGUAAAUAUGAAGAAAACCAAAAUCUCAGUCGACAAAACAAAAUUAAUGGCAUUUAAUAGUAUUGAAGAUAGUUCGAGUCAGAAUGAAGAAGGUGCAAGGAAAAAAAUAGGUGUUGAUGUAAGUCUUAAAAAAAUUAGUCCCCCAGUCUUGUCAGUGGAACCCAAAAAUAUUGACAAUAUUCCGUUUGCCGAUGAUAGUGAAGAUGACUUUUUAGAGGAAAAAGAUCAGUUUUACACUCCGAAGACAUCUGUGAAAACAAAACCUGAUAAUAAGAUUGAAAUACAAAAUAAGGAUGUCCGUAAACGUAUCUUGCCUGUUCCUCCAACACCAAGUACACCAACUGCCGAUCAUAUCAGGGAACUAAAAAAGGAAGAAAUAAGUAAAGCUAGAGAAAAUGCUAGAUUGAAAGCUAGGUUGAAAAGUGAUGAGGAAUUAGGAUUAUCGGACAUAAAUUAUACCCCUAUUUCUGCAAAGAAAAUUCAACGGAAAUUGCGCAAAGAAUUGAGUACAGGAACUUCAAAUACGCCAAGUACAAGUGACAUGGUUUCAGAUAGUGAGGAAAACAAAAAAGUUGGGAUCUUGCAUUCUACACCUGUUAAUUCUGUGUUUAAGACACCAAAAUCAAAAGACAAGAAAAAGAAAAAGAAAGAAUCUAUAGAUAUAAUAGAAAGUGGAUUAUCAAAAGAAUCUGAUACCGAAACUCCUUCAAAAUCUACAAAGAAAAAGAAAUCCUUAUUACAAAUUCUAAAACCCAGUAAAUCUCCUGAACACUCUAAAGAAUUGAAGGACAAGAAUCGUUCCUCUUCUACUGACACACUGGAAGAAAAAUCAGCAAAGAAAAAGAAGAAGACUCCUAAAUCUGAAAAAAAGAAGAAACGACAAAAGUCUACAGAUGUAGUCGAAAUGAAAGAUUUACCGUCUGUAUUUUCUGAAAAAGUUAAACUUAGACAGAAUGGUUCACAGAAACGUCCAUCGUUAUUGCAGAGAAGAUCUAUGCCACCCAGAGCUGACUUUGAUGAGUUCUCAGAUUCAGACGAAAGUCAUUUAUCAGCAGAUGCUUCACUUAAUAGAAGAUCUAAGAGAAAUUUAACGGAGGAUGAACUGAAUAUAAAGAUAGCUCGCCGUGUUCAAUCAGCAGCUCGUAAACAGUUGAAGCAGAAAGAACAGAAGAGAUUGAGGAUAGCUCAGGAGAUUCAAAGACAACUAGAAGAGGUUGAUGUUAAACAAAAGGAGUUAGAGGAGAGAGGAGUUGUUGUGGAGAAAGCCCUAAGAGGAGAAGGAGAAGAAUCAGGGCGAGUUGAGUCAGAAUUGAUGCAGGAAUGGUUUAAUUUGGUAUAUGAGAAGAAUGCUCUCGUUAGAUAUGAAUCAGAACUGAUGGUCAAUGCCCAAUAUAUGGAGCUAGAAGACAGACAUGGGCGGUUAGAACAAGAACUAAGAGAAAGAAUGGCUAUCAACAAAACAGGUCGUAGAAGUAACCGAUUCUCGACAAGUGAGAUGAGUGAGGUUUAUUUACCUCGGAAAUAUGAACAAAAGACUCCUGAACAGGCUGCUGAGGAGAAACGAAUCCUUGAUGAAUUGUUAGAGGUUGUUGAGGAGAAAAAUAGCCUAGUUAAAAUGAUUGAAGAAGAUAGAGUCAGAGAACGAGAAGAAGACAGAGACUUGAUGCAGAUGAUGCGUGCCAAAGGUUUUGAUUUGGAUCCCAUCGAUCACACACGACACUUGAAGAAUUCAUGUGGAUUCCCAUUAUCAUGUUAACAAACUAUUUCAUAUGAUUUGUACUAAAACCAUAGAUAUAUGCCAUAUAAGACUUCUCUUCAUCUAAAGGGAUAUGAAAAUUUGACAGUACUUUAUUUUCAAAAGA